AUGGGGCAGGGGCGCUUGUCUGCAGGUUCUUUGCAGGUUAUGUCUAUACCACUUUAUAGACGAAAUCUGAAAGUGAUGCUUAUUGGAUUGGCAGCCAAGAAAGUGGCCAGCUUGGUCACAGAUAUUUUUGUCCAGUUCUUUAGUCUGGAACUCAAACAUGAUCUGUUCCAUGGCAAGACUGGUGGCGGGGGCCGGCCCAGAGGCGGGGUGGGGGUAACCGAGCAAGCUUUGAUGCAGUCUCGAACCCGAGCAGUGUCUCCCUUCGUAUUCACACGCCGCGGCUCCAUGUUCUCUGAUGAAGAUGGGGAUCUGGCUCACGAGUUCUACGAGGAGACAAUCAUCACCAUGAACGGGCAGAAGCGCGCCAAGCUGAGCGUGCAUGAAAAUUUGGUUCCUCGGGGCAUCGUGAAGCUGGAUCCUUCCCGCAUCCACGCGGAUUUCCCAGUGAUCCUCUAUGAAGUGUGA